AUGUGUUGCAACUACUAUGGCAACUCCUGUGGCUAUGGCUCCAGCUAUGGCUGUGGCUGUGGCUAUGUCUCUUGUUAUGGCUGUGGCUAUGGCUCCGGCUAUGGCUGUGGCUAUGGAACUGGCUACGGCUGUGGCUGUGGCUCUGGCUCUGGCUGUGGCUAUGGAAUUGGCUAUGGCUAUGGGUAUGGCUGUGGUUAUGGAACUGGCUAUGGCUAUGGAUAUGGCUCUGGUUCUGGCUGUGGCUAUGGAACUGGCUACGGGUGUGGGCAUGGCUGUGGUUAUGGAACUGGCUAUGGCUCUGGAUAUGGCUCUGGCUCUGGCUACUGUGGCUACCAGCCAUUUUGCUUUAGAAGAUGCUAUUCUUCCUGCUAAAACAUCACUGUCAGAGGACCAUUUGCUUCUAAAAUGACACGUCUAAAGAUAAUGCUGAUUCAAGGAUUCAUACUCCAAGAUUUCUAUAUCCAAGAAUUACAUGUUUGACAGAGUCUUGGACCUCUAGUCUUACAUUUCUUUGAAUGAAAUCAUGGCCAUAGGAUCCAUGGUGUCAUCUGACUGUUUUCCAAAUGUUAUCUUUUGCUCCCUUAAUCUCUGAUUCUCUGUUAUGACUGUGUUAAUGAUCGUAACAUCUACUGUUGGGGAAGUCAAUCGUUUGUAAUAAAAAUGGUUCUUUAUUCCAAAAAACACAAUGUUUUAGUAUAAAAGAGUCAAAAAGCUAAAAGGAAAUAUAGUUUAUAAAGUAAAAAAUUAUCAGUAAGCUAAGUUUAAUGUAUUAUUGAAGAAAUAAAAUGUAUUUUAUAAAUUUACCCUAAUGUCUAAUGUCUAAGACAUCUACUGUAGUGUACAGUAAUAUUCCAGGACUUCACAUUCACUCGCUAAUCACUCACUGAUCCACCCAGAACAAUUUUCAGCCCUAUAAGCUCCAUUCAUGCUAAGUGGUCUAUAUAGGUACUGUCUUUUUAUUAUUAUUAUUUUAUACUGUGUUUUUACUGAUCUUUUCUAGAUUUCAAUAAGUUGAGAUACACAAAUAUUUAUUAUUGUGUUACAAUUGCCUAUAUUAUCCAAUACAAUAACAUGCUGGGCAGGUUUGUAGUCUAGAAGCAAUAGGCUAUACCUUAUAACUAGGUGUGUUCUAAGCUAUACCAUACAGGUUUAUGUAAGUACACUGUGAAAUCUGCAUGGCAAACAUCAUUGCCUUAUGAUACAUUUCUCAAGUUUUCAGAACAUAUCCCUGUUGUUUAGCAGCACAUGAAUGUAUUUGAUUUAUUGUCUUAAUGUCCCUUUGCUUUCCCCAUGCAUUACCAUCAACUGCCUAAUGAAACAGUCUGGAAUUGUGUAAUGAC